AUGUCUCAACGCUCUCUCUUUCAAAGGCCAGAAGACUCCAGUCACUAUCAAUUGACGGAGAAGAGUAGCCGCAGCGAGGGGAAGCUUUCUUCAAGUGUGCCGGUACGUGCAGUUCACGCUCCGGCGGUACCAACCUAAGAAAAAUGGUGGCCAAGAAUUUUGUUGAUAAGUUCCAAAAAAAUGCGAGCAAGCCUUGCUUCUGGAAGUGUCUGUCUCCAGGACAAACUUGGAAGUCUAAAUCCAUGAGGAUGAUUCCGGAAAAGUUUGUGAGAAGCACGCCCGGGGCUUUCGAGCACAGAAUUGUGCUUAGUGUUCGGUGGGAAAAUUCCUGGCAACCCUGGCUGGAUCGAGAAAAGGACGAUCUGUUUAUGAUAGAAGAAGAUUGGGAUGAGUUUGUGGAUGACAACCAUCUAGGUCCAAAUGAUACCUUGUUCUUCAGACACGAUGAUACAAUGAAUCUUGAAGUGCAAAUCUUUAAGAGUAAUGGGAUAGAGAUCAUCGAUGUACCUCUUGAAGUUGAACCCGAAACUGAACCGGUUCAUCUUAAGUCCCAAAAUUCUCACAAGGAGACAGCCACUGCCUCUGCUUCUGUUUCUGAAAGUGGAGGAACAAAUGACCAAGGAAGAAAAGGUCAUCAUGUCACAAAUCCUGAGCAAUACCUCUUGAAUCCCGAAAACCCUUACUUUGUGAAAGCGGUGACAAAAAGGAAUGACGUUCUGUAUGUGAGCCGACCGGCGAUUCAUAGGUAUGACUUGAAGUUUGGUCCUCUUCUUUCCACCAUUAACUACCUUCUCCCCGGGGGCAAAAAAAUGGAAGGCAUUCUAAGACUCUAUAACGGGCACCAUUGUUUCAAUGGGUGGUCGAAUUUAUGUCGGAAGCAUAACCUGCACAUCGGAGACUCUGUGGUUUGCGAAAUUGAACGGUCAGGUGGUCUGGUUUCGGCUAUUAGAGUGCAUUUCGUCAACGAAGGCAAGACUCGUCCUCGCUAGUAACAAUAUCUCUACCAACUCAACUGUUGUAAUGCUAAAUGUGACAUUUAUGUUUUGUUUAAACCUUGUAUGUUUAAGAUGUCGAAUACUGUGCCGAUAAGUUUUAGACUAAUGUCACCUUAACUAAGAGUAAA